GGGGAGGGUGCAGAUUCAACGCUUUAUCUUCCGCUGACAUUCACAUCUGAGGGAGGAAAGAGUUCAUAUCGCUCUUCACCUUCCUCCUCCUCUUCCUCCUCUUCCUCUCAGGAAUCCGCUCCCUCGAGCCCCGCCUCGAGCCACCACGAGCGGCAGCAGCGGCACACCUGGUCCACGGAGCGGCAGCAGGUAAAGGUGAGGAGGUCCGCGGCGUCAAUUACGGGGCGUGAAGUCGUAAAAGAAGAAGAAGUGGGAGAAGGAGAAGGAGAAGGAGACGGAGACGACGCCUGGGCGGAGGAGGAGGUUGUGUGUGUUUGAGUGUGUGUGGAGGCUCUCCGACUGUGAAAAAGAUAAUCAGGCAGCAUGGGUGAGGCACCGGUCAGAGAGGAUGGUACAGUGACACGAUCAGCAGAGUAUGUGGGCUCAUUUCCUGUCGAUGACCGCUGUCUGGAUGACCAGAUAGAGCGACUGCACACUCAGCUCAAGUCUCUCAAAACGUGCAGGAGGAGGAGGCCCGUAUCCAUCAAGUUCUCCAUCAAGGGGGUGAAACUGUACAAUGAGGACGAAACUACGCUCCUGAUGGCUCACGCCCUGCGCAGGGUCUCCCUCUCCACCGCCCGGCCCGUCGAUGCCCAGUUUGCCUUCGUCUCCCACAACCCAGGCAGCGUCGACGCCCAGCUGUACUGCCAUGUCUUUCAAGCGAGGCACGCCAGGGCGGCUCAGUUCCUGAACCUGCUGCUUUGCCGCUGUUUCCAGCUGUAUUACUUAGAGAAACACCCAGAAGAGGCCCAGGAAGACUCUGUUGGCUCGCUGCCUCGUCGCAACCCCUCCCUGCUGAACCACGGCUUCCCGCUCAGUGUCAGCGCCCUGGUGUCCUUCAGAAGAGCCCCUUUCCGAGGGCUGUUGCCAGGGACUAAGAAGAGUCAGAAGGCUUCCGAUGAGCCGCCCAGCAGCCAAGACGAAGUCUUCCCCACCUCCUCGCCAUCGCUGGUGCGCAAGAAAGCCAUCCGCACUAAAGCGCUGCGCUCCGGGGCCUACCGCUCCUUCACUUUCACACCACUCAAACAGCGAAAUGUUCAGGAGCGACUGAGUGCGUCACAAGCUGGAAAGGACCAAGACAAGACGCAGGGGAGGAGAUCUCGCGCUCCAAGUUUGGCCGAAACCGAAGAAGCACUUGCUCAGGCAGUGUGGUGCUGGGCCGGUAUCGCAACUGACAGCAGCUAUUCCCUGCUAGCCGACGAUGUUCUGGGAUCGUACCUCCUGUGUCCACAUCCGAAAAAACCCAAAUGUGGCUCCCUGAUCAUCCGCUUCCCCUCCGGCCUGAUCACUCACCUCAUAGAAAACACUCGGAAAGGGAAGUUCCUGCUGGAGAAAUGCAAGACUGAAUUCAGUUCUCUAGCCGAGCUGGUUGAACACUACACAGAGACUCAGGAGGAGCUGCCGUGUUCCCUGAGCUGCGCCCGGGUGAACCACUGUUACGAGUGGGAGGAACACACCAGCAUGCAGCUCGCUGUGAAGCCUCGCAAGAGCCCGACCAAAACCAAAACCAAAAGUACCCACAGAAAGGAAUGGGUUUAAACCCCUGGACACUGCAACUUGUGGACUGCCAACUUCAGAGCAUCCAGAAUGAAUGACGUUUUCUCUCUCUAUUUCUUUUGGUUUUUUUUGCACAUUGGUAUAUCUUUUACCUUUAAAUCACAUCAGGUGUUAUGGGGAGGUUUUGCAAACUAUAUAACACAAUGCACCUAUUAACAAUGUUGGCACUUAUGGUACACAAGUCAUUUCUUCAAAAGGUACUUUGUCAAAGUUUUAAUAUUUUGUGCCUGUUGCUUUUAUGUUUUUCAAUAUAACUUUUAAAUAAUAUUUUAUUUGUGCCCUUUUAAGGUAUCAGUUGAGUUUAUUAUUGUUUUUAAGAUGUGAAACAAACAACCUGACACUUGUGCAGAAUCUGCUCCUGCUCCUGAUGGCAAAGCUGUUUUUUUUUUGUUUUUUUUUCAUGCUUUCUAAAUUUGUUGCAUAUUAAUCCUGCUUACACGUUACUCUUUAUGUGUUUUCGGCUUUAGACUUGGAAGGAGAUGUAAGCAGUAAAGAUAAAAAUCUAAUCUAGACUCAAAUAUUUUCUACAUCUUGCCACCGAGUGUGCUUGUAUCAUGGCCACUAAUGCAUGAAAGGUUGGCUGUGUGUGCAGUCGGACUGGUUAUGUUUGUUCUACUGGUAAUUAUAACAGGUAAUGUUGUUCGCACAUUAAUAUAUUUCUUGCACACUGAUUUUAACAGUGGUAUGAAAAUACAUCUGCCCUGUGAUUUUAUUUUUUGUGUUUUUUUAUAAGAUUUGUUUUCCGGUCUAAGAGGCAAGAGGUGUUACGUAUUCGUUCUUUGGCACUUUGUACCGACUUUUUCUUCCACAUUAGACCGACAAACAAGUUUUAUAUUGUUGGCCUCAGUUUGAGAUUAAAUGACAGGUGUUUUUCAGCGCACAACUUUCAAAA